GGACGUUGGUACACAGCUGGUAGGACGCGCACUGAUAGCGAAGACAAUGCGGGUAUGAGACGAGAUCUAAAAUCUUGUUUAUUACUGACUGCGUUGUCUCAUAAACACUGACAAAGUGACAUUUAAAGGGCUUGUCUUCAAACACCGAGUGGCUGGUUAACAUCUCAGGAACGGGUCAGCACCAAGGGUGUGAAUCACCACAGUCCAUACCACCCACCAUACUGCUUGUCCCUUCUUAACCAUGACAUCCCCUCCUUCCCCUUGUCCCUGUCCUCCUCCCCCUCCCUCUUUGCCCUCAUCACCUACCCCGUCUUCUCCUGCACCCUCAACUCUUCCGCUGCCUCCCAUGCUGCCCCCCACGGGUGAGGUGAUGGUCAUGGCUUUGGGACGGAAGAAGCAGCAGCUCCUCAUCGCACUCUCCAUCUUGCCCAACCUUUUCUUGGCCUUUCUGCUUUCCUCCGACCCCCUUCUGACUCUGACAUCACCCCAUCACUGCCGCCUGCCACUGACUAAUCCUACUGGUGAGGAGCUUAAUGCUUCUUUGCCCUGGGAGAAGGGCAAUAGGGAAGGCGACAGUGGGGGACUCUCGCAGUGCUCCCAGUAUGUAUUUAUUAAUGGCACUCGAUCUGGUGUAGAGGAUUGUGAAGCUGGGUGGGACUUCAACGUCACAGAAGGCUUGAGAAACAACAUUGUCACUGAGUGGGAUCUGGUGUGCACCAAGUACUGGUUGGUCCCAGUGGAGGAAGGCUGCUUCAUACUGGGUAUCCUCAUAGGCUGCCUGAGCCUUGGACAUGCUGCUGACAGGUUCGGCCGACUGAAGACUCUGCUUGCCUCACUCGCUCUAUCAGUGUUUUUUGGCAUCUUGGUCUGUGUCUCUCCUUCACCCCCCAUCUUUAUUGCCAUGCGUUUCUUUCUGGGUGCAGCUGCUGCUGGCGUGUAUCUCACCCUGUAUAUCGCCCGUUUGGAGCUUUGUGACCCCUCAAUGCGACUCCUGGUCACCAUGUUGGCUGGACUGACCACAGUGGCUGGUGAGCUGUUAUUACUGGGUGUGGCUGUAGGUUGCCCAUCAUGGCGAGGACUGUUAGGAACCGGAACAGCUCCUCUCUGUUUGUUCCUCUGCUAUGGUAUUCCUGGUGUUUUUCCAGAGUCUCCACGCUGGUCGUUGCUGUCAGAGAGAACAGGUGACAUGAAUUCAUUCAGUGAACACAGUGAACGACAAAGAGAAGACGAUGGCUUUACAGAGCUGGAUUCGGAGCCCCCUCAGUCUGGUCGUCCCCACCUGUCCUUCCCUGAGCUACUCCAGAGCCGAAACAUCUGGAAAAAUUUGUGUGUUCUGGGCUUCACCUCGUUCAUCUCUCAUGGCAUAAGUCACUGCUACAGCUCUUUUAGGGGUGAUGUCCGAGGCACCACCCCCAGCUUCUACUGGACGUAUCUGCUGUCUGUUUGUGCAGGAGCUGGCGCUUGGCUGUUGCUCUGGGCAACAGUGGACCGGUGUGGGCGUCGUGGAAUCCUGCUGCUGGCUAUGACGAUGAUGGGGCUUGCCUCUCUCAUCUUACUUGGCCUGAUGGAAUAUCUGAGUGAGUCAGCCAUUACUGUCUUCUCCGUGAUGGGCUUGUUCUCCUCGAAGGCUGCUGCCUCACUUUGUAUCUUCUUUACUGCUGAAAUUAUGCCUACUAUUAUCAGGGGAAGUGGGGUCGGUGCCAUCCUGGCUUUGGGCUGUGUAGGUCGCCUUAGCUCUCCUCUGAUGGACCUGCGGAACCACUAUGGCUACUUCUUACACCAUGUGGUCUACUCUUCUUUAGCCCUGCUGGCUGUUCUUUCUAUCCUGCUGCUUCCUGAGAGCAAACGGAAGCCCCUUCCACAGACACUAGCUGAUGGUGAGCAGUACCGUCGCCCCCCGCUGGGCCGAAAGAGGAGAGACAAUGUUCCUUUGCUUGCCACACCAAACCCAGAGACCUAGCUGAUCCUGUGUAUGCACCUGUUCACCUCAGCCAUUCCCCCUCUUCUCACCAUAUUCAUGCAGCAGAGGGCAAGAUGGGGGCACAAUGGACUGCACUUUUAAGCGCUCUUAACCUUCAUCUUUUAUCAUUCCUAACAUGCCUGAACGGAGCUACAGCAUGUGGAGUCCAUUCAGGCCCCUGCUGUUUGAGAGAUGAAAAACUGAACAAUGUAAAGAGCAAACUGGGCUCUGUGAUGUAGUUUCUUAAUGCUCCACUACAGUUAAUUCAAUCAGUGCCAACUACAUGUACCAUGCAACAAGUGGUAACUACGUAGGUAACAUUCUACAAGCUCUGCAUUAGCAACCUCAAAUUCAACCCAUAUAGCAUUGAGUGACAUACAGUUGCAAUCAAAAUUAUUCGACUUCCAUUGCAAAUUGGGUUUAUUAGCAACACUGACAAACUUUCAGCCUUUUGCAAUAAACAAAUUAAACAUGAACAAUUAAAAUAGCUGAACACAACUAAUAUAACAAGUUGUUUCUCUUUAAAUUCAACACAAAAUGCCACUUUUAAUUACUACUGCAGUCUCAGAAUUAUUCAACUCGUUCAUGACAAGCAUCUUUAGUACUUAGUAAAGCAUCCUUUUGCUGUUAUGACCGGCUGCAAACAUGAUGCACAGCCAGAUACCAGCUUCUGGCAGCAUUCCUGAGAAAUCUUCCUGAGGCCUUCAGUUAACUAAUAUUCUUGGGUUUAUGUGCUCUAGCUGCCUUCUUUAUAUCCAUCCGUUCACACGCUGCAGGUUUUCAUUACCAGUGGAAUCAAAGCAGCCCCAGAGCAUCACCGAGCCACUGCCAUGCUUUACUGUAGAGCAUUCUUUUCAGUGUAUGCUUCAUUUUUUCUUAUCCAGACAAUUUGCUGAUCCAUAGAACUUUAAAAAUGUUUUGUUUCAUCGCUCCACAGAACAGAAUCCCAAAACUUUUGUGGCUUAUUUAUACAGUUUUGAGCAUAUUGGAGAUGACUUUCCUUGUGCCUUUGGGUCAGUAGAGGUGUACAUCUAGAAGUUUAGACAUGGAAACGUUCAGCCUUUAAUUUACGUCUUACUGUGCAAAAGACCUGCAGCAAGAUUUGGUGGCAGCAGUACUGAGGAUUCAGUGUGCAGUUCCACAAAAUUCAAUCAAUUCGUUUGGACAGAUGAACUGAUUCAACUUUGUGGAUGUGUGUACCUGGAUUAUUGAGCAUGCAUCAAGAGGUUUCAGUGUGCAGGCACUCUGGUUUUUGACCACCUGCCUCCUCAGGAAUCUGAGGGGAGCCAGUAAUAGUUUCUUCUUCUGCCAUGUCCAGGUAGUGUAGCCAGGAUUCCUUCAACUUUAAACCUGGGAACUAUGUGUGAAGCUUUAUCUGUAUUGCUAUCUUUUUGUAUCCUUUUCCUUGUUGGUGCAAGGCAAUUAUAUCUUCUCUUAACUUUUUGGGCAUCUCUCUCGACUCCCCCUUAAUAACAUCAAAAGAGUGUGAUGUUUGAUUGCAUAUUAGAAACAUGGCUAAGACUGCAGUAGUCUUUACAUUUUCAGCAUUUAGCAGACGCUUUUAUCCAAAGCGACUUACACAAUGAGCAGAACACGAUGAGCAAUUGAGGGUUAAGGGCCUUGCUCAGGGACCCAACAGUGGCAACUUGGUGGUGGCGGGGCUUGAACCGGCAACCUUCUGUUUACUAGUCCAGUACCUUAACCACUGAGCUAUCACUGGCCCUUUAAAAGUGGCAUUCAAUUUUCAUUGGGGGUUGAAAAAUUUCAAUCGCAAUUGUACUUACUGCAUCAACUACACUUUUUAGAGACAAGGGCUCAAUACAUUACUUUUUAUUUUGUAAAUAUUAACUAAAAUGUUAUUUAAACUAAAAUAGAGAAGAUAUGAUGAAAUAGGAAAAAGGUUUCUCCCUCUUGAUAACUGUAAGAGAAUAUGCUGCUGGCCUGUAGGCAUAAUACAAAAGGAGACAGAAAAUAACUUAUUCAGAUAUUUUGUUAUUUAUCAUUGCUUUAUGAUGAUAUUAUGGUUCUGAUUGUUCUAAGUGAUAUAUGCUGAAAUAAUGCUAGUAUUUAUGUAACAGGUAUUCGAAUUGGUUAAAAUUUUUAAAUACUCACAUUCUGUCAAACCAUUAAAGGGUUAUAUGUAUGUAUGUACUGUAUGUGUUGAUGUAUGUAUGUUUGAACCUGUAUGUAAGGCAGUGGUUGCUCAGCAGUAAAGGCACUAAACUGGUAAUCGAAGGUCACUAGUCCAAGUUCUCUACUAGGUUGCCACUGUCUGGUUAAUAAUGAGAAUCUCUGCUAGUAAUCUGUACACGUAUUUUUAAUAUUUAUGAUAAAACACAAGUUUUGCAUCAUGUAAUUAAACUUAUGGUGAUUUCAGUUUUAAAA